CUUUAACGGAAUAAACAACAAGUCGGGCAAAUAAAACGCUUCUACCUUAAAUACAUCCGUUCGCAAUCAUCAAAUGGCUGCGUUGUAAGCCAUUAGAAGAUACUAGUGUUGCUUAAACUUACACAAAUUCAAAAAAUAUUUAAAAAAAAAAUAUAAAUAAAACAAAAAUACAAUUAAUUUUUAUUACACAGUGAAAAGAAAAGUCUAAAGCAUGCAACAUUUUAAGAGUUUUGGUGUUUUAUUUUUGCUAAUCAUCGCAAUAGUGAAAUUGUCUCAUGGCCAGAUUAACAGAGAUGACUUAUUUCCGUUAUCUAUCAUUCACAUAAAUGAUUUCCAUGCCAGGUUUGAGGCCACAGAUAGCUCUGGGGGAACUUGUGAAGCAGAUGAGAUUUGCAUUGGUGGCUAUGCGCGCACUGUGCAUACAGUGAAGCAUUUGUUAGAAGAACAAAAAGAGAAUAAUGCAAUUUAUUUGAAUGCCGGUGAUAGUUUCCAAGGAACUUUAUGGUACAACAUAGGACGUUGGAAUGUGACCAGUCAAUUUUUAAACAUGUUGCCGGCCGAUGCCAUGACUUUGGGUAAUCAUGAAUUCGAUCAUGGUGUUGAGGGAGUAGUGCCUUUCAUUGAAGCCUUGAAUAGUCCCAUGUUGGUGGCCAAUAUGGAUUCCACAAAUGAACCAACCCUGAAUGGUAUUUAUGGCAAUUCAACCAUAAUUGAAAGAAACAAUCGUAAAAUUGGAGUUAUAGGAGUGAUUUUGGAAACCACCUAUGACCUUGCCAAUACUGGAAAAUUAAUAUUCCGCAAUGAAAGUGACACCAUUGUGGAAGAGGCCGCCAAAUUGAAAGCCCAAGGAGCCAAUAUUAUAAUUGUCAUUUCCCAUUGUGGCUAUGAUGUUGACAAGUUAAUAGCUGCUAAUGCUGGCUCUGAGAUUGAUGUCAUUGUAGGUUCUCACUCGCAUACUUUCCUUUACACCGGUGAUAAUCCUCCAGGACCAGAUAGACCUCGUGGUGAUUAUCCCACAGAAGUGAUACAUGAGUCAGGGCAUCGUGUUUUGAUUGUUCAAGCUGGUGCCUAUGCCAAAUAUGUGGGUAAUUUGACUGUGUUCUUUGACGACGAUGGCAAUGUGAUGGAUUUUGAAGGUGCACCAAUAUUUAUGGGAGCUGAAGUGCCAGAAGAUCCUGAAGUUGUUGCAGCUAUGGUACCUUGGAAGGAGACCAUUGAUGCCCAGGGCAAAGUUAUUGUUGGAGAAACUCUGGUAGAUCUUUUAAAAUACCCCUGCAGCUAUGAGGAAUGUAAUUUGGGCAACUUUUUCACCGAUGCCAUGAUUCAUGCGUUCUUAAACUUGGCUCCUUACAAUGAGGAAGCUUGGACAAAUGUAGCCAUUGGUCUUAUAAAUACUGGAGCCUUAAGAGUGCCCUUGUAUAGAGGAAAUCUUAGCUAUUCCCAUUUGGUUACCAUGUCACCUUUUGAAAAUAUUUUAACUGCAUUCGAUUUGCCUGGUGACAAGCUACUAGAUGCUCUAGAAUUGGCUGCCAGUAAAGUUGAUUAUGAAAACAAUGUUACCAGUUCCUAUAUAUUUUUGCAAGUUUCUGGCCUUAAGGUGACCUAUGAUUUUAAGAAGCCCGUCAAUGAGCGUGUUAUAGAUUUAAAAGUCCGCUGUGCUGCUUGUGCCAUACCAAAAUAUGAACCCUUCGAUCCCAGUGAAACGUAUAGGAUUGUGACACCAAAUUUCUUACAGGACGGUGGUGAUGGGUUCUAUAUGUUCCGUGAAUUUGGCACUAAUGUUCAGCCCUAUGUCACCGAUUUGGAUGCUUUGUUGGCUUACACUGCUGAUAUAACACCUAUUUACACGGGUCUCGAAGGGCGCAUUAAAGUUGUAUAGAAAUUUAAAGAUUCCAAAACUAGUAUUAUGUAUAU